CGUUCGUGCGGCUUCUGACCCGCCCAGGCCCGGCCGGGAUUCGUCCGGUUGCCAGCGGGACGAGAGGAGGUGGGGGCCAGUACGCAGUUCGCGAGAGCGCUGCCCUCCUAGUUCUACACGGUCGAGGUAAACUGAGGCCGCCCCGGUCGGAGGUGGGGGAGUGACGGGUUAACUAAAGACCGGCACACCCGACUGCUCCUUCCUGUUUUACCGACUGUUCCCCGUGGUACCGGUUGUGAGGCUGGACCGCACACCUGACCUGCACAACCUGUCUUUCACCGGGGUUUCCCGAGCCAUUUCUGAAAAACCCCCCAAUUCCUACGAAGUCCGGUGGUCUCUGGGCACCACCACAGUAUUGCAACUUUAACGGGACCAGGAGUUCCGCAGAUGCUAAAACAAAGCUGGGGACCUUCGUCUGGUUCUGGCUCCAACCCUUCCAAAGCGGUGAUCUGAGACAAGGCAUUCUUUGCAACAACUCAGUGUCCUUGUCUGUAGAUGGAAGAGGAUGAAGUUUUUGCAUUUCAUAUCCCUGAAAUGUUUGUAAAGCUUUUUACAGUAUUGUAGAGAGGAUUAUCAAAUCUAAGAGGUUUUGAACCGCUUAACAAUACACAGGAUAUUGAGCAGGAAUCAAGAGAACUGAUUGGCUAAUGUUUCACAGUCCAAGUUCCAAUCUUGUUCUGAAGGUAGAAAUUAAGUUACCAUUUUUAGAUAGAUUGGUAAAGUUAUUUCUAGAAUGCUGCCGAGAUUUGCAGCAGAAAAACCAGAUAAGGACUGGAGAGAGGACUCUGGAUAAGAACAGAGUUCUAAGGAGUACCUGGGUUGAUUCGCCCCAUCUGCAUGGCUAUUCACGACUGUCCGUAAGUCUGGGAAUCCGACGCCCUCUUCUGGCCGUAGGCACCAGGCACGAGCAUGGUGUACAGACAUACAUGCAGGCAAAACAUAAAAUAAAAUGAAAAUGUAAGAAAAAUGGGGAAACCCGUGGCUACUGUAUGUGCAGUGACAGAAAAAUGACAACUGAACAAGUUUCAGGGGACAUGGGACUCCAGACACCAUCCAAAUCUGUUUUGAGAAAUGCACUUCUUAUAGUCAAUAAAUGAAAAAGUGAAAUUAACACCUUACCAGAAAAGGGAGUAUAUGCAUUUUCUUGUAUUCCACACACAAAGGGCGCUUAUUCGGGGGCCAUAAGGACAGCCCAGACUUGCCUGCUCCAGGGACAGAGCCUGUGUGUGUGCGGCCUGCAAAGGAAGACGUGGAGGAACAGUUCUGUCUUUCAGAGCCUCUUGGCACUUGUUUUGGUGGGCACAUAUUUUGGCUUCGAUGACUCAAAAUCUCUUCAAAUGUUCUAUUGGUGUCUUAGUACUUGUUUACUGUCAUGGAUUUGUGUUGGUCAUGUAGUCAAACCCACCCUUACCCGCUCUGAGACUGGGCCAUUGUGGAGCAUUCAUGGAUUGAGAGCCGUCCACCAGACCGUCCCCAGAACAGUCAGUCCUUCCCACCAGCGCCACAGCAACAUCCUCCGAGUCUGAGAGAAUUGCGCCCAGAGCGGGCACAGAGCCUUUCACUGCUGGCAACCUGCGGCCCUGGAGAAGACCACAAGAGGAGUGACAGCGCCUCUCCACCGCCAGCCUACGGACCGCCAUGGCCAAGAGCCGCAGGGACAGAAACAGUUGGGGUGGCUUUUCAGAGAAGUCAAGCGAAUGGAGCUCAGAAGAGGAGGAGCCAGUGAAGAAGGCAGGACCUGUCCAAGUCCUCAUUGUCAAAGAUGACCAUUCCUUUGAGUUAGAUGAGGCUGCGCUGAACCGGAUCCUUCUCUCCGAGUCUGUCAGAGACAAGGAGGUAGUUGCCGUGUCGGUCGCUGGGGCCUUUAGGAAAGGGAAGUCUUUCCUGAUGGACUUCAUGCUGCGGUACAUGUACAACCAGGAAUCUGUUGAUUGGGUUGGAGAUUACAAUGAACCGUUGACUGGAUUUUCAUGGCGAGGUGGAUCUGAACGAGAAACCACAGGAAUCCAGAUAUGGAGUGAAGUUUUCCUUAUCAAUAAACUUGAUGGUAAAAAGGUUGCAGUGUUACUGAUGGAUACUCAGGGAACCUUUGACAGUCAGUCCACUUUGAGAGAUUCGGCCACAGUGUUUGCCCUUAGCACAAUGAUCAGCUCAAUGCAGGUAUACAACUUAUCCCAAAAUGUCCAGGAGGACGAUCUUCAGCACCUCCAGCUUUUCACUGAGUAUGGCAGGCUAGCGAUGGAAGAAACAUUUCUGAAGCCUUUUCAGAGUCUGAUAUUUCUCGUUCGAGACUGGAGUUUCCCGUACGAAUUUUCAUAUGGAGCUGAUGGUGGCGCCAAGUUCUUGGAAAAACGACUCAAGGUCUCAGGGAACCAGCAUGAAGAACUACAGAACGUCAGAAAGCACAUCCAUUCCUGCUUCACCAACAUCUCCUGUUUCCUCCUACCUCAUCCUGGCUUAAAGGUAGCUACGAACCCAAACUUUGAUGGAAAACUAAAAGAAAUAGAUGACGAAUUCAUCAAAAACUUGAAAAUCCUGAUUCCGUGGCUCCUUAGUCCUGAGAGCCUAGAUAUUAAAGAGAUCAAUGGGAAUAAAAUCACCUGCCGAGGUCUGCUGGAGUACUUCAAGGCAUACAUAAAGAUCUAUCAAGGUGAAGAGUUACCGCAUCCCAAGUCCAUGCUACAGGCCACAGCAGAAGCUAACAAUUUAGCAGCCGUUGCAACCGCCAAGGACACGUACAACAAGAAGAUGGAGGAGAUUUGUGGUGGUGAUAAACCAUUUCUGGCCCCUAACGACCUGCAGAGCAAGCACCUGCAGCUGAAAGAAGAAUCUGUGAAGUUAUUCCGAGGGGUGAAGAAGAUGGGCGGCGAGGAGUUCAGCCGGCGGUACCUGCAGCAGCUGGAGAGCGAGAUAGACGAACUUUACAUCCAGUAUAUCAAGCACAAUGAUAGCAAAAAUAUCUUCCAUGCAGCUCGCACCCCAGCCACACUGUUUGUCGUCAUCUUUAUCACGUAUGUGAUUGCUGGUGUGACUGGGUUCAUUGGGCUGGACAUCAUAGCCAGUUUGUGCAACAUGAUCAUGGGACUGACCCUCAUCACCCUGUGCACCUGGGCGUACAUCCGCUACUCUGGAGAGUACCGAGAGCUGGGUGCUGUAAUCGACCAGGUAGCCGCAGCCUUGUGGGACCAGGCUCUCUACAAGCUCUAUAGUGCAGCAGCAACCCACAGACACCUUUAUCAUCAAGCUUUUCCUGCACCAAAGUCAGAGCCCACUGAGCAACCGGAAAAGAAGAAAAUCUAAGUCGAUUUCAGUGCAUGACCACUUGCCACUUAGCUAUCAAAGUCUCUGUUUCCAUGCAAACAUUCAAAGUGCUUCCUUCUGAGCAGAGUGAAAGCAACACACCCGAGGACUCCAAUGGUUCUUUACUCCAGUGACUGAUAAGCAGAUGUAUGUAUGCAUGGUUAUUUGUUAAUAUGUGCAGUUUCCUGAUUUUUUUUUCUUAAAAUAUGCUGUUAUCAUUUCAGGUAUUUGUAAAUCUGAGGACAAUAGAUGUGUUUUGCUUGACUUUACUAAGUUCUACUCUGGGUUAUAAUUAAGUAUUGUGUGAUAGCACUCCAGGUUUGGAUAUGCUCAUUUAAUUUCUAUAGAAAAUUUUAGUUAUUUUGCAUAGCUAUUUGUUAAAGUACAGCAUAACUCAGCAGGCUUGAUUUAAUCUAUAUAAUCUUAUACAUACCAGAGGCUCUUGAAAUAUAUUUAAGAGCUUAAAAGUUGCUUUACCAAAAACUAUACAUUGUUUCUUUUAUAUUUAUGACUUAAUAUAGAAUGUAAA